ACCGGUCUAGAGAUCUGACAAAAUUAAUAAGAAUAGCUGCAUGUAGGAAUAAUUAUAAGAAAAUAAAUAAGAAAGGGACGAAUGAUAAAAAUAGAAAUGAGGGACAGAAACAAAGAAGUGAUGCAACAUUGGGGCGCAGAAAUAUUACAACAAACAACUCCAUAGUUUCGAAUAUAACGAUGAAUCUUUUUAAAUUCCUUGCCGUUACUAUUUUUAUGGUGUGUUUUUUAAAAGAUAACCUCAAUGCCUACCCUGCUACUCGUGGAUUACAAUUAUUUAUCGAAGUAACACUAUAUGAAGCCGCUGGGUUUCAGGGAGCUUCAGAGACAUUUCAAUUAAAUCCUUUUGAAUGCUUCGAAGUACCCCAAACGUGGGCAACUAUUGUCAGUUCGGUCAUAAUCAAAGAUGGUUAUUGUGCAACUUUUUUCCAAGAAACGGCUUGCGGAGGUCAAUCUGUGUGUGAUUGCGGAAAAAUUGAUUUAUUUGCAACACAUCGUUUUCUUAAUGACAAUAUGCGAUCAAUCAGUCCAGAAAAUGUGAUUAGUUUAGAAAAGACUUGUAAUAAUCCUACCUAA